GGAAGGCAGUGCAAAUAAGUCAGUCUCCUCCACGUCAUAGUGCUGCUGCCAAUUUUGACGACCAAGCUGGUCUUUUCCUUGUUAUAUUGUCUAUGCAUGCAUGUUCGUCUUUUUUUACGUUUUCGAACCCAACACAGCAAUCCUAGGACUGACAGAGAACUAUUCACGAAAUCACCGUUAUGUUUGAUUGGAGUUAUUGGAUUGUACAUUUACUUUUUCAAAAGUCUAGGACCCAAAUUAAUGCUAAGCAGAGAACCUUAUAAUGUUAAAACCGCUAUGAUUAUUUAUAAUAUAAUACAAAUAAUAAUUAAUUUUAUUUUAACAAUAUGUAGUACCAUUGUUUUAAGUGAAACGGGAUUUGCCUUAUGUUCAGAAGUGGAUUACAAUUUACCAAGAGAUUCUCUAUUAGUACAAGCUGCAAUAGUUUAUAUGUAUUUAAAAAUAUUUGACACAGGAGAUACGUUAUUUUUUCUUCUAAGGAAAAGCUUUCGCCAAAUUAGCUUCUUACAUCUUUAUCAUCACUCAGCAAUGAUGUUAGGAGUUUGGGUCGGAGUGAGAUACAAUUGUGGAGGAACUACAACUUGGAUUGUUCUUCUUAAUACAAUUAUACAUUGCGUUAUGUUUUCCUAUUAUCUUGUAGCGGCCAUAUAUCCCAACUGGAAAUAUAGAUCAACCUUUAAAAAGACUUUAACACAACUGCAACUUGUCCAGUUUCUGAUAUUUAUCAUAAUCUUUGGAAAAAUUUUGUUAUGGCCAACUUGUAAUUAUCCAAGAUAUGUUGGGUUUUUAACGGUAACGCAAAAUAUUUUUCUGUUAUUCUUAUUUUCAGAUUUCUAUUAUAAGGCAUAUGUUAAAAAAUCUAAGACUAAGUAAUUUGUAAUAAUUUAAUAAAAAAAAAAUGUAAUUAUUCAUAGUACUUAUAACAUUUUGAAACAUAUUAAGUGUAUGAAAAAUUGUGUGCCAUUGAAUAAAUUCAC